AAAACAGGUCAGACUGGUCCCCCUUCAAGCCAAGUCCCACCACCACCACCACCUUGAUAUCCUUCGUCUGUUUUUCCAAAGGAAAUGCGAUAUUUUCACAACGUGGCAGCAAAAAUAUAACUCCAGCUUCCCAACUUUCAGAUCCUGCAACUUUUUUAUUUAUUUAUUUAUUUAAAAAAGCCAACAUUUGCAGCUGCGAUGGGCCAGUCAGAAUUUGUUCACUUGCCCGAUGUUAAGACUCCUCUUCCAGAGAGUGAAUCAACUCUGGUGCCUGGCCACAACCUAAAGCAGGCUUCCUCCAACAAAAUCCGGAGAGCAGGAAGGCUCCUCUGCGCACACUUGGUAGUCAUGUAUCCAGAUUUAAUCCGUGAUCAUAAGCAUCACCUCCGGCUUCACAGGCAGUGUUGUUCUGGGAAGGAGUUGGUAGAUGCACUCCUUAGUGCAGGACUUUCGGUGCAGACCCGUAGCCAGGCUCUUGGGCUUUGUCAAGUGUUGAUGGAUGAAGGAGUACUGGCUCAUGUACGACAGGAGAGCUACUUUCAAGACCGAGAUGCUCAGUUCUUCCGAUUUGUGGCCUUGGAAGCAAGUGCUGAAGACAGGGAUGGAGAGGAGCUACUGGAGGGGUUGACAUUGCUGACCCAGCUGGGCCCGACAGCAUUGCUCACCACCAUCCUACGCAAACCUCCUAACCAACGCACAGAUGAAGAACUUGCACUGAUCUUUGAGGAGUUACUGCAUGUCAAAGCGGUAGCCCAUCUCUCCAGUUCGGUGAGGAGAGAGUUGGCUGCUGUACUGCUUUUUGAGUCCCAUGCCAAGGCUGGAACUGUGUUGUUCAGCCAAGGGGACAAGGGCACGUCCUGGUACAUCAUUUGGAAAGGAUCAGUCAAUGUUGUUACACAUGAUAAGGGCUUAGUGUGCACCCUACAUGAAGGUGAUGACUUUGGCCAGCUUGCACUCGUGAAUGAUGCCCCCCGUGCUGCCACCAUCAUCCUUCGUGAAGACAGUUGCCACUUCUUGCGAGUGGACAAAAGGGAUUUCAACCGGAUUCUCAAGGAUGUCGAAGCUAACACCCUACGGCUGAAGGAACAUGGGAAAGUGGUGCUUGUUUUAGAGAAGAAUUCACAAGGCAGUAAUUCCAAUCACCUUGCUGGGACUCUGGGGAGCAGUAGAUAUUCAGUGAUGGCUGGAACCCCUGAAAAAAUACUUGAUUACCUAUUGGAAACCAUGCGUUCAGACUCUACCCUUUCUGACCCUGUUGAUACAUUUCUGGGAGAUUUUCUGCUGACGUACAGUGUGUUCAUGCCGACGCCACAGCUGUGCCGAACCUUGCUCCAACACUUCCAUUCGGAACCUUCCGAGGGCUCGGAGCAGGAUAAAGCUGCUUAUAUCCUGAGGAAAAGGCAAAAGAUCCUGUGGCUGGUCAACCAGUGGGUGUUCCUGUACGGACGGCUGCUGCAAGCAGAGGCCUGUGCUGUGGCCUUUUUGCAGACCAUGUCAGAAUGUGCCACUCAAGAUGCUCGUUUGGGCCCCCUGCUUCGAGAACAAAUGCAGGAUCGCCGGAGAAAUCGAGUGAUUGAAAAUGGCAGCAACUGUGCAUCCCCAAAGUUACAGGUCAGGAACAUGGUGAACUGGUUUGCCAUCCAAGAAGAACCUUUUCUGAACAGCAGUUACACCAUCCGAAUCAAGGACAAAGUUUCAUAUGACAUAUACAGGCCCAACUAUUCCUGCCUUACCAGACUGUUACAGGUGAAUGCCUCCGUUCAGGAAAUUGUUGCGUCGUUAGUAGACUGUCAGGACUGGACCAAAGAUUGGAUCCUAGUCAAGGUCAAUUCAACAGGAGAUAAAGUCGUAUUGCCCAUGGAAGCUUUUGGUGUGUUUACAUCCCUGGGGUUGAACGAGAGACUUUUUGCUGUCAGUGUUCAAGAGCUUCACAACUUGGUGCCUCACCCUGAUCAGCUUGGCCCCAGUAUUGGUUCCUGGGAAAGUUUGGAUUUCAUUAGUUCAAAGGACCUGGCCAAUCAGUUGACCGAGCAUGACUGGAACCUCUUCAAAAGCAUUCACCAGGUGGAGUUGAUUUACUACGUGGUUGGGCCACAGAAAUUUCCCAGUGCAACCACAGCCAAUGUGGAGCGUUUCCUGCGUCGUUUCAAUGAGCUGCAGUUCUGGAUCACCACUGAGCUUUGCCUUUGUCCCGAUGUUAUCAAAAGAGCCCAGCUGCUCCGCAAAUUCAUCAAGCUGGCUGCACACCUAAAAGACCAAAGGAACCUGAAUUCCUUCUUUGCUGUGAUGUUUGGCCUGAGCCACUCUGCCAUCAGCCGCCUUUCUAGGACUUGGGAGAAACUUCCACACAAGACGAGAAAGCUAUACGGCACUAUGGAACGGAUGUUGGAUCCCUCUUGGAAUCACCGUGUUUAUAGACUGGCUGUGGCUAAGCUGUCUCCCCCCAUGAUCCCUUUUAUGCCUCUCCUUCUUAAAGAUAUGACCUUCAUUCACGAGGGCAACCGUACCUUGGUGGAGAACCUUGUCAACUUUGAGAAGCUGCGCAUGAUGGCCAAAGCUGUUCACCUUGUACAUCACUGUCGGAGUCAUCCCAACCUUCCCCUCUCUCCCUUGCGGAGUCGUCCCCAGUACCUCUUGGAAGAAGCUCGGGCAAUACGUGCCUCAACCUGCUCAGAACAAUCCCUCAGCAUUCGAAGUCCGGCUGCAACCUGGGCCCACAUCCAGCCCUUGAGAGUGAUUGACAGACAGAAGGAACUUUUGCGGCUCUCACGAGACCUUGAAUCUUGAUGCGAGAAGAUUGCCCAAGCAAGGACAGAACCUGUGCCAAGGACUGUUUGGGAAGGCAUCUUCUUAUGGGUUAGGCCAACUCCCCUCGCAUUUGGCCAGAGGAAGAUCUCAAGCAAAUGAGAAAGCUCCUCCUAUUCUUGGUGGCACAUUUGAUCUGUCCUGAUAAUUGAAAAAUAGGUGACAUCUCUACAGAGCCCAAGGAAUGAUGUGUCACCUGCCUCAGGUUUUACAAGCUGCAAAAUUUCUGGUGUGAAAGAGACGGAUUCAUGGAACACUUUGAGUUGCCUUACCGGGAAAGGAGCAAAAUCUCCACUUAUCAGUUACCAGUGUUCAACAGAAAUGUGUUUGUUUUUUUAAAAAAAGAAAGAAAGAAAAAGAAAAAUGGGAAGAUUUGCUUUGGUGUGUCUGAUGAAUUGUUAUUUUCUGAACUAGGAGUUCCCUCUCUUCUGCCAGGUUUAAAUAAGAUUCUUUAAAAUAUUUGAAUGGAGCCAUUUCCUUCCCUCCAAUGGAAUUGAUUGGAUUAAUCAGCAGAACACACUGUUGUAUUUAUUUAUUCAUUAAAUUUAUAUCUUGCUUUCCUCCUGGACCUCAAGCAGAGUACACAACACUUCCCACUACAAAAUUUUCCCUCACUGGUGAAGUAAGCUGGACUGGUGAGGAGAUAGUGACUGGCCUAGCAGCUUCUUUGGCAUGUGAUGGACUCAGAACUGGAUAUUUCUGCUCCUAGUCUAUAGAGCCUUCACUUCAAUGAGACAUCGCAUCUCUUGUUAUGUAAUGUCAAGUAGGCAAUUUGCUAGAAAUGGGAGGCACUAGAACAGGGGUGUCAAACUCAUGUCAUCAUGGCGGCGUCAUGUGACGUAUCGGGACUCCCCCCCCCCGCCCCUUUGCUAAACCGGGCAGAGGCGUAGCCAGUACGUGACGCAUCUGGGAAUUUGACAGCCCUGGGCUAGAAGGUUGCAGGAGAUACUGGAAUGCUUCUUAAGAGUGCAUACAAGCUGCCUUUCAUGCUACUAGCAGCUUUGCCCUUAAAAACUUGCGAAGUUGCACGCAUCUUCUGGCACAGCAACAGGUGGGUGUGCAGGAAUUAGCAUUCACGCGCCUUCCUGCCUUAUAUUUUCAUGGAGACAAUAGUGAGGCUGGUUGAAGAGGGUUGUAAAAUCUGGAGCUGCCCUCCCACCCCCAGGUGGGGAGCUUCUAAGCAGAUGGCAGGCUGAAACAGAUUAAAGGUGAGAGUACAAACAUCAAGAAGUGGUUGGUGGCUGCCCGCUUCUGUUUCUCUAUCCACAGAGUGAGUGUUUCAGUUUGCCUGAGACAGACAAGGUGUUUGGUAGGCAAGUUUAAGGUAAUGUGACUUUUCUGUCCGUCAAUGAGCUCAAAAGGUUUUCAGGUGGGGCAGCCUACCCCUUCAAUCAUGGGACUCCAGGUUAACAUAAGAGACUUUCCGGGUACCAGAUCUUCUCAUAG